AACGCCCGUACCUGUAGCUCUAGACACCUGUCAGAAACAAGAACGCACAAACAUAGACACACACACACACUCACUUUCCAGCUGACACAUUGAGCGGGACACUACACUGCUACGAGCCCAUCUGGAUAACUAAGAGAGACCAGGUGGCCUGAUAAGAACCAGUCGAAGACGCGAGAGAAAAUCCAACCAUGGCAACCGAGGGGGAAAAAGCAACUGUUUUCCGUACCACCAAAGUCAGGACAAAGCUGAAGGAUGACCUCAGCUGGAUGAACCGCGGCAGUGAACUUGAGGAGGUUCAACUUGCAGAAGAGAAGCCAUGGAUGGCAGAAUUAAGGGCCCGGCGUCAAAAUGGAGCGGCAACCAGUCCAGUGUCUUCACCCACUUCCACUGCACCACCGAAGUCUGACAGUCAAAAAUCACCAUCUUCGGGAUUCAUGAUCAAAGGUGUUUUCAACAAGACUUCUUCAUCUUCUACAAGUACUACUUCCAAUGGCAUUAGCGGGACAUCGAAAGUCACCAAUAGCCAUUACGAAGGCAACAACACUCUCCACACGGAGAAGCCCUCCACCCAGAAGGUGGACAGCAAGAUUAGCAGCGAGGAGCAGUUGAAACGCACGGCAGCAGCCAGCAAAGUUCUGAACAAAUCUGCCGCCAAAGAACGGUCUUAUGUUCUCUCUGCCGCUAAGAAAUUUGAGUCUCAAGCAGCUGAAAAUUCAGUGGCUAAAGAAUCACCACCAUAUGUAGCAAAAAGGGUGGAGAUCGCAGAUGUGUACCCCCCUGUCCCUCCCAUCACAUCCAUCACGUCUGUGCCAGAACCACCCAAGACUCAAAACAUCAUUACCACUUCGAGUGAAAAGACAGCGGUCGUCACUGUUAAUAAGCCUCCAAAGGUGGAGUUGGCCCCCCCUGAACCCAUCAAACAAGACCCCCCUCCGGUUUUGGCUGUGAACAAGAACCUGUCUGAAGACAUGAAAAUGGAUAAUGUGGCUGCUCCCCUCCCUGAACUCAUUGCCGAUUAUCUUCACGUUUCCGCCGGUUCAGAAGACGAUGAUUCGGGGCUUGCCGACACUCAUCUCGUCACAAUCACUGAAGAGCCAGAACUUUUGGAAAACUCAAGCUCCAGAGUUGAAACACUUACCGCCCUGUAUGAAAACCUUAUUCCAGACGAAGUCAACUCAACCAGCCUGAAGUAUGAUGAGCCAGUGCUGGCAGAGGAAGAGGAAGAGGAAGAGGAAGACUCAGCGGACACUCGCUCAGAGGAAGGAAAAGAACAGGAUCCAAUUCCAGCAUUCCGCAGCUAUGAAGCAAGGACAGAGGAUCUCUCGAAUCUCAGUUCUAGUCAAGAAGACCUCGAAGAGCUUGUUCCCCCCAGCCCUGUACAUUGGAGUCAGGAUCUACACUCUAAAUUUGAAAGCAACACAGAGUCUGUCACUAUAACCACCCAGACUGUAACCGUUCCUGAGAAGAGUGAGGAGCGGGACCUCUUGACCUCACAUGUGACUACCACAGUAACAGAGUUCAGCUCGACUGAUCCAUUUGAUCCGUACCCGAUAGGGAGCACAUCCCCAAACAGCUCUUCUGACCUGCAACAGCCCCUCUCAGAUAUUUCCAUCAACAGUUCAUCACACACUGUCAUGGAGAGGAAAGAGCCAGAGAUCACUAUGAACAACCGGGUCCUGGAAUCGUUGGCGGAGGAAGUCAUCCCCAUCGACACCACCGCCACAAGCCUAAGCACUCACCGGUCGUGGGCGCGCACGUGGGAAACCACAACGCCUCUGCAGACCACCACACAAGAGAGACAAGAGGCUCCGGGGGUUGGCCAACAGGAGGAACAACAUACUCUGGUUAUGUUUGAGAGAAAGUCCCAAGAAAAUGACUCGCCUUGGGACAAGUGGACGUCCCCGUCCAUGUAUACCAUCACUAGCACUAUGGAGGAAGAAGAGGAGGAGGAGAGCCCAGAGGACUCGCAGAUGCACACAGUCACAACCAUCACCACCAUCAGGGAGACCUACGGUGAACAGGAGGGGUCGACGAUGGAUCGGACCGUGCUAGUGGAGGCCCCGCGAACCCCCACGCCAGAAGCCGACACCAAAAAGCCCUUUGUGUACGUGAAGGAAUAUGUCGAUACCACCGAGAUGUCCUCCCAUAAUGCCACGGGCUCACUCAAUAGGUGGUCCUCUUCCUACUCUAGCUCUGUCUCCUCCCCCUGCACGUACUGUGGACAGCUGGUGGGCAGCGAUGCCAAGAUCACCAUCGAGCACCUAAACAUUGACUGCCACCCGCAUUGUUUCAAGUGUGCCUCAUGCUGGAAGCCGAUGGGAGACCUCAUCGACAAUAUGUUCCUGCAUGGAGGCAAAGUCCACUGUGAAAGCUGCUACGCCGCAACCUUCGAUUGAUCGCAGCGGCUCUUCAUUUGCAUUUAAAGUGAGAAGCAGCCUUCUUCCAACAAGUUUGGACGGCUUCAAUGCAAGAAGGAUGGAGGUUUAGGGUGAGCCAAGAGACUGUAACGAGCAAUAAAAAUAAUUACUUUAGAUUCUUUUCACGCAAGGCAAGAUUUCUAUUGGCAAAACAGGUUUGUGCACUUCUUCCUACUGGUGAAUGUGUAACUUAAGGAUUUGUAUCCACAGCAAACACAAUUGAGCCCAAAUCUAUUUGUAUGUGGCCAAUUUUUGUGUUCAAAUUUCCAUUUGUUGAAUGGGUAUCAUUUUAGUUGGAAAUAACACAACUGGCAAAAAAACUCUCAAGAGAAAAUGCAAUUGCCAUUUGCUCAUUUCCAUUAGUUUGUCCAAUUCCAAUUCAAAUCCUUUUUCAGUAGAUGCACAAGAUAUGUUUAAAUAAUAGCCCAUAAAACUGUUCAAGUGUUUGAAGUUCAAAAAAAAAUAAUUACAUUUUAUAGUCUAAAACUCGGUCAGAGUAUGGAUCAUUUUGGGCUUAACUGCAAAUAGAAUUCAAUAACACUGCCACUAUGGGGUACAAUAUAUUUACUUUGCUUAAAUAUGACUUCUUACAAAAUACCAUUCUAAACACACUGAUUUAAAACAAAACGUUUCAUAUUUCCGAUGCUUCUAUACAAAAUAAAACAUUUAUCCUGGUAUACAAAUGUAACAA